AUGACCAGCGUACGUCUGGGGGUGGCGAGGAUUUGGGCAAACACCGCCGCAGAGGUAGAGCAGAAGGGAGUGAACGAGGAGAGUUGGAGCAGUAGUGUUUUGAGGCUGUAUUUUGGUUCCGUUACAGUGAGAAGUCUCCCGUCUAAGAGGAACACAAAGUCGAACUGGGGGAAGCGAUUCUUGGACCAAUCGUGGCAAAGCUUCUUAAUGCAGGUGGUUUUCCCCAUACCAGCCCUGCCCAACAGCAGGUUGAAGCAGAAGGAUGCCAUGGGCUUUGAACAAGGGGACUUAAUGUUGAGAGACCAGUUCGUUAUGGGCCUCAAGGAUGGCCCCAUCCGCCAGGAACUGAGACGGCAGGUGCGAAAAAGGCCUGCACUCACCUUCGACGAGGUGAAAACAGAGGCUCUGGCCAUAGAGGAGGAGCAGGCAGAACAAUGGCCUCCACAUGACUGCUUAGUGGUAACUUUGUUUAGCGAGAGUGUCUGCAGGAACCUCCUCGGGGGUGAAAAGCUUAGAGGUAGUAAGGAACUACCCUGGUUGACGCUGAGGGCUGCUAAUGGGCUAAACAUUCCGUGGGUGGGUUACCUAGUGGCAGACUUUGUGGUGCAGGGGGUCCGGGUGCCAGCGCGCGGCAUUGUAGUUGCUAAGGACAGUUGUGUGGGAGCCGAUAAAGCAAUCCUUGGAAUGAAUGUAAUUGCGGACUGUUGGGAAGAGCUUUUUAACAAAUGCCAGGUGUCCUCCAAACAGUCAAAACCGCUGCUGGGUCGAGAGUGGCACUCUGUGUUUGCGGACUGCCAACGCAUACGCACGGUCUCUUCUGCCGACCCAUGGAAAGCAACGGCAAGGUUAGCCAGCCGCACCCCUGUUACCAUCCCUGCACAGAGCGAAAUGACUCUUUGGGCCAAAAUUCCUCUAUCGUCCCAACAUUGGCAAUGUGAGGCACUAGUAGAACCCCUUGGGGAAAACGGAGGGGUCGAGGUGGCAAGAGCCCUGGUGACUGUGGGAAAGGGCCGUAUUCCUGUGCGGCUCAGGAAUAUUCAUCCUUACGCGGUUCAGCUGAGCAGGUUCCAGAGGCUGGCGACAGUUACAGCUAUCGACCCCGACAGCAUUAGGGACGGUAAGGAGCUGUCCUUGGUGGAGGUGGAUCCCGGAGUCGUGGAAGUCCGCCUGGUCGAUGCUGCUCCCAAACCAGAAUCAACCAACGUAAGCCCUGCUGUUCCUGUCCCUGGGGGAGAUGGACUGACGGAGGAGGAACAGGGGAAGUUGGACGAGCUGCUAAAUCGAUGGCGGCAUGUCUUCUCUACCCACGAAGAGGACUAUGGGCGGACGAGUGCUGUGAAACACACCAUAACAACAGGUGAUGCAAAUCCUAUUCGCGAGAGGUAUAGAUUCCCCACUGACACUCCAAACCAGGCCCUAGGUGACCCAGACCAGCUUGUGGGAGUGGUAGAGACCGCCAUUACCCCAACCAUAGGUGGCAGUUUGGGAUGGGACGUGGCGCGAUGGAGAAGCCUUCAAGCUGAAGAUCCGGAUCUGCGUAAAAUCAAGCUUCACAUCGAGAGAGAUGGGACACCCAGGGCUAGAGAGAUCCCUGAGUCUGCUGCGAAGGAGUUUUUACUGGCCCCGAAUGGAGGACACAAUCGACACCUGGCUACAAGCUUGCCCGCGUUGUGUAUUACACAAGCCCGGACCCCCAGGUAG